AUGGCCACCGCUCUGCAAGUGGAGGAGAUCCUCCUCCUCCUCCUUCUCGUCUUCCGUUUCACCUCUGCAGCCUCCGUCUCUGGCUUGCCGCCGUCGUUUCCGCCACCGUUAGAGCAGUCUCCUCAUCGCACUGAUGAGACUUACGCGCCUCCUCUGGUCGCCACCAUUCUCUUCACUCUAGGCUUCCAGGAGCUGUCUACGGCCGUCGUCAGCGCGAAUAUCUCCGCUGCAAGUCCGAUCACUAUAUUUGCUCCUGCGGAUUCAUCGCUGGCUACUUGUCCUACGUGCUCUCUCUCACUGCUCCUACAGGAGCACUCUGUUCCAGGACUGUAUCCGCUCCACUUACUGCGCAAGUUAGCCUCCGCCACUAAAAUCCAUACACUAGCCGAAAAUCGCUGCCUCACUGUCACGACCACCGUCGGAGUGGCGCGGGAUCAGGAUCCGGGGAAGGUGUUCGUCAACGGUGCCGAGGUCGUUCAGCCGGACAUCUUCCACAACUCCGUCAUGGUGAUUCACGGCGUCGAAGGCUUUCUCACUCACCUCUCGACGAAGUCGUGCAACAUGGAGGAGAUGACUACUAUGUCGUUCCCGCCUCAACCGCUUGAGUCUACAACAGGAACAAUGAUGAUAUCUAUCAUGCGCCUUAUGCAAAAUGACGCCAUCCUCCGGCUGGAGAGCAUCGGUUUCAGAAUCGUCGCAUUGGCGAUGAAAGUGAAGUACGCCGAGAUUUCCAAGCUCAAGGCCAUGACUGUGUUCGCUAUUGAUGAUGCCAACCUCCUCGCCGGUAACGGUUUGCUGUAUCUCUCUAAUUUUCAUUUCCAUGUUGUUCCGAACAAGAGGAUCCUUGCACCGGAGCUGGUGAAUUUGCCGGCUAAGACCGUGUUGCCUACCAUGGAUGGUGAGCACAAGCUAGUGGUGACCAGUACAGGCGGCGGAGGGGCACUGGCUCCGUUGAGGAUAAACUAUGUCAAGAUCACGGCUCUUAAUCUGCUGCACAACAGCAAGAUCGUCGUCCAUCAAGUGUCUGCGCCAUUCCCCCAUAUGAUUGAUCAGACGGCUCAGGACAGCAUUGCACAUAUUGGCCAGUCACAGUCACAAUGUGAUUUUAAUUCGACUGAUGGGACGUGCAACAUCGAUCAUGCUGCGAAUGCUCCUUUGUUUCCGGCGGAUUCUGAACGCCAUUUUGGUCUCUGA